AUGACGAGUAACAACGACCUACGCAGCUACUCUGUUGUUGCACAUAUCCCAGACAACUCCACCAUUGCCGUCGUCAUUGACAACGAUGAGCACCAUUUGCAUCCUUUGCGUCAUGCAUCCAAUGUGAACACCCAUUUAUUGUAUACAGGAGAAGCUCCUCGACCAACCAACUGCUACAGCUACGUUAUCAUGAAGGAUGGCAUCAUCACGCAACGGGAGCCAUCCACUCGUUCUAUAUCUGGAACCUCUUCUUCCUCGACGACGACGACGACGACAUAUGACUUUUUUGAUCGUGUUCCAAAGAUCGAGCAUGUUGCACAGCUUCCUCGGCUGUAUGGACCUCUUUUCAAAGAAAAGCCCAAUGAGUUGCACAAACCUGGGCAGAUUGCGACGUUGCAUUUGACCGGUAACCAGGAUGACUUUGAUACCCUUCACAAACGUUACCAAGAGCAAAUCAAGAUUGAGGUUUCGAUGUCGUACAUUGGUGCUAAUGAUAUCAUGGAAUUUGAUUCUGUACAACUGAAGCUUUCGGGGCGUGCAUCUCGUUGGAUGUCAAAACUCAGUUAUGGGGUGAAGCUUCCAAAGGGCGCGAGGUUGUAUGGUCAUCGUCAUCUGAAACUACGGGCACUGGCAACCGACCCUUCUUAUCUACGCGAAUAUCUUUCGUACAAAUCGAUCAAAGCUUCUGGUCUCCCUUGCUCGGAUUUCUCGUUUGUUCGCGUUUUCAUCAAUAAUCAGGCAAUUGGUCUUUUUGGCUUGAUUGAGGUCUACAAGAAACCAUGGCUCAAGGAUGUGUUUGGUGACAACAAAGUCAACAUUUUGUAUCAAGGCUUGGGUUACAGCAAAGAAUCAAAUGAUCACAACCAAUGUGCCGACCUAAAGUACAAUCCAGACCUUGAGUCUUACAACCACGACCAAUACAAGAUCAAGGUUGCAGGCAAGAACGAUGAUGGCUAUCAAUCUUUGCAAUCAUUCACCAAAACGAUCGUUGAUGGCACUUGGAUGGAUCAUGCCAAUGUGGAAAGCUUCCUACGAAGCUAUGCAUUGGAGAUUGUGGCAGGAUUUUCGGAUGCUUACAUGUCCAUGGCCGACAAUUACUUUGUAUACAAGCAUAAGGAUGGAUUCGUGCACAUCAUGUCAGACGUCGAUAUGACAUUUGGACAAACGACCUUGCGACUAGAGAAGAUGUUAACCGGUGAUUAUCGACAAUACCCAGGAAUCGAUAUUCGCCCUAUGUCAAAAUACAUCCUUGACAACGCCGACCUCUCCAACCAACUACAACAAAAAGUCAACGAAAUGGCUUCUCAACUCGUGAAUCCUGAGAUCAUGCGUCCUGUGAUUGAUGAUGUCUAUCGUUUGAUCGAACAAGAUGUGGCAUGGGAUAAGCAACUUCCACGCAUGGGGCAAAAUCAUAUCGCAACCAACACAACAACAUAUGAUCGUGAUAACCUUCCCUUUUGGGUUCAUCCACCCAUUGAGCCCGAUGUACUCGACGAUUUCAAUGUGCGUAUGCGUAAUGAUGACGUUGGAUUUUACGACGCUGUCUAUGGAAAGCCGCCAUACACUUCUCUCACCGGUGUUUUGGACUAUAUCACAAAAAGCAGCAAUGCCAUCCUUACUCGAAAUAGUACUUAG